AUGCUCACUGUCUGGGAGGCAGCAUACUGGAGCACAUUUCUACCUUGCCCUACAAGGAUAUUGCAUUCUUUGUGGAGGGAGAUUCCUCACAAAGUGGUCUCUCAUCCCUGUUUCCCUAGAUUAUGCAUGUAAAUGGGAAUAAUAAUCCGGGAAGGCAUAUUUAAGGAUUGAGUGUCAAUUUAGUUCGAUAUCCAGAAGAAUUUCUUUUUUAAAAAGGAUGCAAUAAGGAUAACUCCUGUGUCUUGUGGUUUGGCAUACAUCGACACCAUGGCUACAUUCUACAGCUGCCUGCGACGAAAGAAAUAAGAGAUGAAACGGCGGACGUCAUCACCCAGCUCUAGCACUGGAGGCUUUCCAAGCAAUGAUUGCGACAUUAUGGCUUCAGGAUCUGCAGAUGCCGCCGCAGUCCCCGAGUCAUCAGAUGCAACAGAGGAGUGCCCAGCAGGGAAAAAGAAAUCCAGGUUCCAGACAUUCAAAAACUUUUUCGCAAAGAAGAAGAGGAAGGAGGCUGCUGGACCUGUGGCAGAGUGCGAAGUCCAUUUGAAGUCCGGUCAGUCUGUUGAAGAUGUCAACACUCAUGAGCUGGGUUCCAUCCACACGGACAAAGAAAGCAACUCCAGUUAUAAUAUCAACGUGGAAAGCAAGGCUUUGUCCCAGGACAGUGUCUUCACUUCUGAUCCACCCUCUCCGGAGACAACAGAAGCUCUUCAAUCCUCAAACGACAGCAUUCAUGGCAAAGUGAAAUCCCUACAGAUGCAGCUGAAGCAGGCAAUCCGUCUUGGCUCUCCUCCAGCUGUGAUUUCUAUGAAGAAACCUGAAGACGGAGGGACCGUUUCAGAGGACGACGGGUUGCCAAGCAGUCCACCCGAGAACUCCAUAAUCCACACCGUGCUCACUUCCUCUCAGAGGUCAUCAGGUGUGGUCCAGAUGAGUGGCUCCCUUAGCCUGGAGGGAUCAGACAGCGAUGAUGACGAGAUGUCUGGAGCUUCAUCGAGACCAAGUACCCCACAGACAUCCAUUCCUGUGGACUUUAGUGAGCCAGCCAGCUCUCUUUCCUGCCUGGACAGUUCUGCUGCCCACCAUCGCAUUGCUGUCAAAACCAGGGCCUGUGCUAAAAGGAAGCCUGCCAGCAAGGAGAUAUUACAAGCCAAAAGAAGGGACCUGAGAGAAAGAGUACUACUAAGAGAUACCGAGGACAACCGGAGAGCUGCAGGAACAAGCAUAGUAGAGGAGGAAAAUAAAGAUGAAGAGGAGCUUAAUGAAGACCAAGAGGACUCUCUAAUGAGCUCAUCAGGAUGGCAACAGAAUGAGGAGGAGCUGCCAGCAUCUUCCCAAAGUCAAAGAUCAUCUUCAACAAUGUCCGUUUCUUCCGAGGCGUCGGAGGAUGACGAAUGUGUUCCUGACAAAGAUCACGUCGCCAUCUCUGGGAUCCUAGAAUGCCCCUGGGAAAACCCAAUAACACUGGAGCUCCAGACUGAUGACUUCCUGCUGGAAGAAGGCUGUGAGGUUGUCUCUAAAAACCAGGGUUCUCUGCUGGAGGAAGUGCUGAGUUCUCUGAAAGGCCCCCUUGUGUCAGGCUUGGUGCUGGAUUCCGAAGCUACCGUUGAACAGAUAGAGGUUGAAGACCUAGCUGGGGAAGAUGAGCUGGACGAACCGGAUGUACCCAGCGCAACAGAACAGCCUUACUUCACAGAUCUCUCCUCAGUCCUAGACACCCAAUUACCUGUUAAAAACACUCUUUCUGAAUCAGUCACACUUCUACAGGAAGUAGAGAGUGUUUUAAAGGAAGAAAAAUUGCCAGAAGGACAAGAAACUUCAGAGGAAGUCGGAUUUGAAGAAGAUCUGCAAGUUCAUGAGGGCAGUAUUGAGAAGUAUGAGAGUGAUGAAGACCAGGAUGUCAUAAAGGAGAAAGUAGCUGAACACGGUGAGAAAAUUGACUUUGCUGGGGAGCAAGUAGCCUUGGAACAAAAGGAUGAGAACAUGAAACCUGAGGAAAAUAUGGAUGAGGAUGAAAUGCAAGAGAGUGAGGAGGAAGCAGAAAAUGAAGGUAAUCAAGAGGAUGAGAUGCUGGUUGAAGACAACAAAGAGAUCAAAGAUGGUGAUGAACUGCAUGGAGAAGAAGAAAACGAAAAGGAGUGUCAGAUCAUAGAUCAGACAUGUCCCAUAGAAGAUAUGGAACCGGAGAUUAAAUUGGACACAAGCAUAAAAAUUGAACGUUCCCAUGAGACCGGCCAGUCAGUCACAGGCAGUUCGCUUGUGCCAACAGAGGUUGUGAAUCAGCCUGAAGAUCUUUUAGUGCAGGAAUUUACUGAGCAACCUUCCUUUGUGGUGAUGACCUGUCUUGAGCUCAGUGUUCCCAAGAAAACCUCAAACCAGGAUGUUCCUGAAAUACUACAGGAGGAUGCCAGGGAGCCUCAUGAUGUUAUGGAAGAAUGUGAAGAUCAGCACACAGAAAGUCUGCAGAUUGAAGAUGAACAUUCAGAGGAGGUCCAUCAAGAGGAGGUGCUCUCUGUGAGUCACCAGUCAAGCUCAGCUGAAAGCGAGGCUGCCAAAGAGUUUGUUCAGGAGGUCACACUCUCUGUAACAGAUGACUCUGAUGAACCUGUAUUUAACAAGUGGCCAAGCAGGGAUCAAUCUUCUGAUUCCAUAAGAGCUGAGCCAUCUGCCAACCAAGAGGAGACUCAGAGUCUGUCAUCAUCCAUGCUCCAGAAAGAGAUAUGCACAGCUGAUGAGGACACAACCCCAGAGAACCCCUUUGGAGUACGGCUGAGAAAGACACCAGUUCUGCACCGCUAUGCUUCCGAGGGAGAAAGUCAAACUCCUAGCACAGAACCCAUGGACACACCGAAGUCGCCAUUCCUGGAUCAGCUUUCAAGGAAGCCUGCUUACCCCAAGAAGCCUGAUCAGGUGACUGAAGGAGUUGUAAAGCCCAAAAGAACCUCAGAUCUGCCUGGGAAAGCAUCAGUUGAAAGCUCAGAGCCUCCAAGCUGGAUCUCGUUGGCCAAGCAGAAGCAAAAAGUCUUCAAAGAAAACUCUCUGGAUGAAUCACCUGACAGCAAGGAGGAAUUUAAUAAGAAUGGUUCAUUGGAGGAUCUGUCAGUUCCGGUUACUAAGGAUCAGCUAAAACCUGUUGCUUCACCAGUUAAAGUGUCAUGUUCUUUGGAGAUAUCCAAGCCAGCACUACUGGAAAAGGAAAAGAGGACCAUCAGCCACCCAGUUCCAGCCCCUCUAACCCAGGACGAGCCUCCAUGGCUGGCUUUGGCCAAGAAAAAAGCUAAAGCCUGGAGUGAGAUGCCACAGAUUGUGCAGUAAAGACUAAGAAAACAUCAGAGCUCCUUUUCAGGACAUUUUGCGCACACACACACACACACACACACACACACACACAGUUUCCUUCCAGUACCGGAGAUGUCUCCAUCUUUCAAAUGGUUUUUUUUUGUUGUUGUUUUUUUUGCACACAAAAACACAGAUCUACACAUGGAUAUAAGCAAUAUCAUCAGAAUUUGUUUUCACAUUUUAACAUCCAUAUGCCCUAACAGCAAAAAAUAAACACCAGUUUUAAUUGUUAAAA